AUGAAUAAAGACGCGGUACAACAUGAGCGUGGCCCACGAAAAGCCAAACCAAAGAUACUCAGUGUUUCGAGUAUGAUUUUACCCAAUUCAACUGCAUCAAGUGGACCGCCUAUUGCUUGUUCAUCAUCACCCAUUAUGGCUAGUAUGUCUAACGUAUCACUUGCUAAUCAAUUCAAUCGAAAAUUGUCUAAACAUUCAUUACUACCACAAUCACAGUUGGCGUGUUUGCCCACAACAGAAAACUACAACUCAUUUUCAACUAUCAUUAAUCAAACAACACUCUAUGAGGCAGCAGCGCGUCUUUUAUUCACAAUGACAAAUUGGUUACAAACAGUCCCAUCAUUCAAAAUUCUUCCUACUGAAGAUCAACAUACACUCUUAGAAGAUAAUUGGCACUAUCUUCUGAUUAUAAAUUUCAGUCAGUGGAUGGUGCCCAUAAUGGCAAUUCAAUUGACUAAUAGUGCACUGAAUCAAAGCGAUCAACUCGAAGUGCAACGUAUCUGCGAUUGUAUUUACAAGCUGCGUUCGCUUGGAUUGGAUUUGUAUGAAUAUACAUAUAUCAAAACUCUUUCGCUUUAUCAAAGUGCAACGAAACCAUUGAUUAAUCAAAGUCAUAUUGACGCUUGUCAAGAACAUGUUCUUUUUCUAUUACGUACAAGUUUGAUGUCACAUUCGGCAUCGACCUAUUCAGUCAAAUUCACUCAAUUGAUUGGAAUUAUUCAAGCAAUGAAUCAUAUCCCAGCGCAUGCUGUUCAACGCAUCUUUUUUCCGAGUAUAACUUGUAAUAUUCCAGUUGGUAAAGUUCUUUGCGAAUUAUACCGUUCUAAAACUAAUGAAACAACUUCAUAA